UAAACCUCUCUUGGGCUAAAACCAUCGUUCUCUCCCGCUCUCACAAAAUGGCGGCAGUAGCUGCAAGUGCCGCUGCUUCAGCUACAGGGAAGCUAUAUUCUUCUACAAACGCAACGACGAGAUCACUCUCUCUUAUAUAUCCGAUUCCUAAUUAUAAGAAACUUUCAUUUUCUUCUUCUGCGUUAAUUCUCCGCUCUUUAUCUCUUCCAUUUUUCUCUCACUUUCCUCACCGCCAGUACUCUCUCUCUUCCUUCCCACUCCCUCUCCUCUCCUCUUCUCCCUCAAACGCUGCCGUUUUCGACGAUGGAGCAGAAGAGGAAUUCGAGGAAGAUUUAGAUGAUGGCCAAGAGUAUGGCGAUGGAAAUUAUGAUGAGGAUGAGGAUAAAGGUGAUGAAUCUGAUGGUCGGAAUAACGCUUUUGACGUCGACGCGCUUGAGCGGGAGGCUAAGGACGCUGUUCGCGAGUUUUCUAGCUCUUUGUCUCGCCAGUUAACUAUCGAAGACGAGGAGGAUGAUCGAAAAAAAUCUGGCCGAAAGCAGAAGCGUCGUCAAAGCACAACUGGAAAUAUCCCUGACCGUCUUCUACCGAGGGUUGCAAUUGUUGGAAGGCCUAAUGUUGGCAAAUCAGCUCUGUUUAACCGUCUUGUUGGGGGUAACAAGGCCAUUGUAGUGGAUGAACCUGGGGUUACUAGGGAUCGCCUGUAUGGUAGAUCCUUUUGGGGGGAGUAUGAAUUUAUGGUGGUGGAUACGGGAGGAGUUCUUACUGUUUCAAAAUCACAGGUUAAUGUUGUGGAUGAUUUGGCUAUCACAACAACCAUUGGUAUGGAUGGAAUUCCGCUUGCUGCCAGGGAGGCAGCUGUUGCUAGGAUGCCCUCAAUGAUUGAGAGACAAGCUACAGCAGCUGUAGAGGAAUCAUCUGUCAUCAUAUUCCUUGUUGAUGGCCAGGCAGGUCUAACAGCAGCUGAUGUGGAGAUAUCAGAUUGGUUACGUAAGCAUUACAUGGAUAAGUAUAUCAUUCUUGCUGUUAACAAGUGUGAAUCUCCACGUAAAGGAAUCAUGCAAGUGUCGGAAUUUUGGUCCUUGGGGUUUUCACCGAUUGCUAUUUCUGCUAUAUCUGGAACUGGCACCGGAGAGCUUCUUGAUCUUAUUUGUUCAGGACUGGAAAAAAUUGAGGAUACAGGAAAUCUCAAUGAAGAUGUGAAUUAUGUUCCUGCAAUUGCGAUUGUAGGCCGGCCGAAUGUUGGUAAAAGUAGCAUUUUGAAUGCUUUGGUUGGAGAGGAUAGAACAAUUGUUAGCCCUAUCAGUGGUACUACACGCGAUGCUAUUGAUACUGAGUUUGCAGGACCUGAUGGCCAGAAGUUCCGGCUUAUUGAUACUGCAGGAAUUAGAAGAAGGGCAGCCAUAGCCUCAUCAGGUAGUACCACGGAGGCUUUGUCAGUGAACCGAGCAUUUCGUGCCAUUCGCCGUUCUGAUGUUGUUGCUCUUGUCAUUGAGGCCAUGGCUUGUAUCACAGAACAGGAUUGCAGGAUUGCUGAAAGGAUUGAAAAGGAAGGAAAGGGUUGUCUGAUUGUUGUAAACAAAUGGGACACCAUACCAAAUAAAAACCAGCAGACUGCAACAUACUAUGGGCAAGAUGUUAGAGAAAAGCUUCGCGCGCUUGAUUGGGCACCUAUUGUUUAUUCAACAGCAAUAACUGGUCAUAGUGUUGAUAAGAUCAUUGUAGCUGCUGGCGCAGUUGAAAAGGAGAGAUCAAGAAGGCUAAGUACUGCAACAUUAAAUCAAGUGAUACAUGAAGCGCUAGCUUUUAAGUCACCUCCUAGGAGCAGAGGUGGCAGGAGAGGACGUAUAUAUUACUGCACUCAGGCUGCUAUAAGGCCACCAACAUUUGUUUUCUUUGUAAAUGAUGCAAAACUAUUCCCUGAGACUUACCGGCGUUACAUGGAAAAGCAACUUCGAAAAGAUGCUGGAUUUUCUGGUACGCCAAUUCGACUUCUAUGGAGGAGCAGAAGAAAAAUGGUAAAAAAUGAAGGUAGAACCGUGACAAAAACACGAGAGAACCUUGCAGCACAUGAUGGAAAGUUGGCAUUAACGACAUGAUCAUAAACAAGAUUUGAUUGUUUCAAAAUUGAAUUCGACUCUGUGUUAGAAGAAUUUCUAGUUCUUUGAAGGUUUUGCAAGUGGCCGAAAUGGAUCCCGAGGCAUCAAAGUUUAGUUGAAGAGGUAAAUUAGUUUUUGGUUCGAAAGUCUUAAUAUUUUGUGUGUAUUAGUGUAUAGUAUCUAGUUGUGACAAUGAAAUUUUGUGUGUUAGAAUUAAAUUUGAGGUGAAUACUUUAGCGUAGAACAUUUGCAACAAUAAUAAUAAACAGAUGUGUAGGAUAAUUAAAGUCA